AUGAGUGAAGCUUCUCCCGUCCUUGAAGGCGUGUUCGCCGUUCACAAGCCAAUCGCAACAUCCUCCGCUCAAGCUCUCCGCGACUUGCAAGGCUACUUGAACCCCUCCAAAACAUUCUCUCCCUGGAUCGCGGCCGAAAAGGCUAAGCGUGAUGCCGACGCAGGCAAUGGAAAACGCAGAACACGCAAGCAGAAACAAGCCGUUCAAGUCAAGCUCGGCCAUGGCGGUACACUGGAUCCUCUGGCCACUGGUGUGCUCGUCGUAGGAGUCGGUAGCGGAACUAAGAAGCUGCAAGGAUUCCUGGAUUGCACGAAAGUGUACGAGACUGUUGUCGUCUUUGGCGCAGCAAGUGACACCUACGACACCGAGGGCAAGGUCGUCAAGAGAGCACCAUACCAACAUGUCACCAAAGACAUGGUCGAGGAAGCGCUCAAGAAGUUUCGCGGCGAGAUCAUGCAAAAGCCUCCGAUCUUCUCAGCUUUGAGAGUGCAGGGCAAGAGACUGUACGAAUACGCAAGAGAAGGCAAGGAGGUUCCUAUUGAGAUUCAAGAGCGACCUGUCACAGUCUCGCAAUUGGACUGCGUAGAAUGGUUGGAGCCUGGCACACACAAAUACCAUUGGCCUGAGAAGGAGGCUGAAGAGGAGGAGAAGAAGGUAGCUGACAAGCUCUUGCCUCAACUUCCUGAGGAUACCCAGGCUACUGCUGGACAAGAGGCACAACCCGACACAGAAGACUUGAAGAGAAAGAGAGAAGGUUCUGAUGGACCGGAAGCCAAGAAGAUAAAGAGUGAAGGAGCAGAAGCCGCAGACCAAGCACCUACAGUCGACGCAGAUGCUCCUAAGGAAGACAGAGGGCCAUGUCCGGCACCAGCAGCUCGUCUAAGAAUGACCGUCUCAUCCGGCUUCUACGUCCGCAGCUUGUGUCACGAUCUAGGUGCGGCAGUCGGUUCGCUCGGCCUCAUGGCCGCGUUAGAAAGAUCACGACAGGGUGAAUUCGAGCUUGGCAGAAACGUUCUCGAGUUUGAGGAUCUGGAAAAGGGCGAGGACGUUUGGGGACCCAAGCUCACAGGCCUGUUGGCGCAAUGGGAAAAGGACCACCCUGAGGGUCAAGGAGACCACAGACGCAUCUCAGCUAAGAGACAAGCAUCACCUUCCGCAGAACAACAACGUCGCAGAAACUCGUCAUCACCACCAGCAUAGAGUCGGCAAGAACGAAAAGCACCAUGACUAGAAUAAACAUAUUUUGAUACCCUG